UAUGGCUUGCAUUUGGGUCAUUUUGCGUAUUUGGAUGUGUUUUGGUCAAAAACCGAAAAAUAUUCUUAACUAUUAGCACCCUCAAAGCUUAUAAAUGCUAAUUUCACCGAUAGUCUGCUGAAUAAAGUGUUUCGCACUGCAUUGGUUGUACAAAACCACACUAUAAGAUGGAGGAUGGCAUGGACAUAGAGGAACAUGAUCUGUUGAACAACCCUACUGUGAGGAGCGUGUUUCCAGAUCUUGCCAUUCUCAAACAAGAAAUUAUUGAUUUUGAUACAAGUGAAAGUGUAGCACCAGAAACAUUUACAACGUCGCCGGAAGUAUCAAAGAUAAAUGAAAACAAAAAUCAACUACACAAUUUAACGGUCUACAGUGGGGAUCAUCCUACGGAGUGCUCCACUCAAGACCUGGAUGUGAAACCUGACCACCUGUGUACGGACAUGGAUGACACAAUAACUGUCAAGGGCAACAGUUUGACAGAAUUUGAUGAAGUUGAAACUGAAAUCAAGAAGGAAUCAGAGAAUGUUGUACCAAAUGAAUUGCCAUUUUACAGAAACAGAAUUAUACUCGGCAAGAUACAAAUAGACGAGUCUGAUGAAGAACGAGAAAUUGAUGCACCAGGUGACUGUAAUAAUGUUGUAAACAACAAAACAAACAAUGAUCAAGAUUUGGCAGUGUCAAUAUACACUGAUGAAAAUAGAAGCAUGAGGAUAACUAAACAGUAUUAUGAAAUGGAAAAAUGUUUGGGAGCGAAAAUUAUUUUAACAAACUGUUAUACAACUCUAUUGAACAACAACUGUUACUGUGCUCAGUGUGCAGUGUUGUUCCCCACCACUGAAGCGUAUAGUGAACAUUACACGAGCACACACACCGAGACCACUCACUCAAAUAAAGCCUCGGCUUCUCUUGUGAAACGUAAACAAAUCAUAUACCCACGUGAGAAAGCAUUUGUGUGUGACACCUGCACGAAAACAUUCAGCAAAAAAACCAGCUUGAUAAAGCACAUUUUAAUUCACACUGGCGAAAAGCCAUUCGAGAGUGACUUUUGCAAGAAAACAUCGAGGCAUCGGUCUGCAAUGAAAAGACACAAGUUACUUCACACUGGGGAAAAGCCCAUCCAGUGUGACAUUUGCGCGAAAACAUUUAAAUUUCGAAGUUAUUUGGAGCGACACAAGUUAAAACACACUGGGGAAAAGCCCUUCCAUUGUGACAUUUGCACGAAAUCAUUCAACCAAAGGUGUUAUCUUAAGGAGCACAUGUUACUUCACACUGGUGAAAUAUCUUUCGAGUGUGACAUUUGCACGAAAAUAUUCAGGCACCGGUCUUCUUUGAAAACACACAAGUUACUUCACACUGGCGAAGAGCCAUUCCAAUGUGACAUUUGCACGAAAACAUUUAGACUAAUAAGUCAUUUGAAGAACCACAAGUUACAUCACACUGGAGAGAAACCUUUCCAGUGUGAAACCUGCAAGAAAACAUUCAAAUAUGUAUCAGCUUUAAAACAACAUAAGUUAACUCACACUGGCGAAAAGCCAUUCGAGUGUGACAUUUGCAAGAAAACAUUUAACCAAAUAAGAAAUUUAAAGAUGCACAAGUUACUUCACACUGGCGAAAAGCCAUACAAGUGCGGUAAUUGCAAAAAAUCGUUUAGGCACAUGAAUUCUUUGAAAAACCACGAAUUGAUCCACACGGGAGAAAAGCCAUUUCAGUGUGAAACUUGCAAGAAAAUCUUCAUUUAUCUAUCAGCUUUAAAACAACACAAGUUAACUCACACUGGCGAAAACCCAUUCUUGUGUGACAUUUGUAAAAAAACCUUCAAUCAGCGAAGUGCUAUGAAAAGACACAAGUUAAUACACACACACACUGGUGAAAAGCCAUUCGAGUGUUUAACUUGCAAGAAAACCUUCAGAUACCUCAGUCAUAUGAAAGUGCACACUUUAAUCCACUCUGGAGAAAAGCCAUUCGAGUGUGACAUUUGCAAGAAAACAUUUAACCAAAUAAGAAAUUUAAAGAUGCACAAGUUACUUCACACUGGCGAAAAGCCAUACAAGUGCGGUGAUUGCAAAAUAACGUUUAGUCUGCUUGGCAAUUUGAAAAAGCACAAAUUGAUCCACACGGGAGAAAAGCCGUUCGAGUGUGACAUUUGCACGAAAACAUUUAACCGAAGAAGUCACUUGAAGAGGCACAUGUUACUUCACACUGCAGCACAGCCAUAUGAUUCUGAUGCGUCGGAAAAAGUGUGAGAUCCGGGAAACAUGAGGACGGAGUACAUGACACGAUACAAACAUCGAUAGCAAAAUUAACUGGAGUACCAAUGUUGAAAACCUAAAAGUAAAGGGAAUAAAAGCGAUAAAUGCUCUCAGCCCCAUACUAAAUCGAUAGAGCAAUCUAAGCCCAGGCACUAAGUUGAAAAUUUAUUACACUCUAGUGCGUCCCUGCAUUACAUACGCUGCCCCAGUAUGUGUAAUAUGAAUGUAUGAGGGUAGGUCUUGCGCUUAUCAAUAAACGAUCAGUCUAAGCUUGAACGCGUGUUUCACUUGACUCCUUUACACAUGACACAGCGGGAUGUCAGUGAGUGUCAGUGGGGCGCGCUGCGGGCGAGGGCUCGGCCUCCGCCUGUCCCCUCACUGCAGGCAGCGCCGGCGACGCACAGGCCGCGUUGUCGACACGCUCUCCUACACCCACAUACAAGCGACUCCACCUACACUAACCACCUCAGUUGCAAUUCUGACAUCGGCGCGGACGGUCGCUUUCUAGCGGCGCCGUCUGUAGCCGUCACGUGUGACUCACUACUGAGUGACCCGGCUGCUCAAGGACAGCGUCCUGUUGUACACCGAGAUGCCUGAAAUCCCGGCUCAAUUGGAAGCCUCGGAACAU